AUGUCAGUAUAUACCAGUGUUAUUGUUCUUUCCCCAUAUGAUGAUGAUGAUGAAGAUGAAGAAGAGAAACGCUCUAACAUAUUUUCUAUAUCUGCUCAGCACCCGGACGACGACACUGUAAAGGGACAAUAUAGGGAAAUUGCCAAACGGAUGGAGACGCUCCUUGAAAAGUGUGAGGACAAGGACAAGGGCACGGCUGGCGGUGAAAUCCGCAACAGGAUUUCUCAUCUUAGGGUGCAAUAUGAUGACGAGGAGUGCUCCGUGAAAAAGCCUGACAACUUCUGA